UGGGACCUCGCCGCGGUCCUUGCGGGAGCUGCUUUAGGGCAGAACGGGUAAUUGCGGGGAGGCAAAGCUGAGCACUCCCGGCCCCAGUGCCGCAGCCGAGCGGGCGGAGCGGCCCCGGCCGGGCCCGGCGCUGCCGCUGCCGGGAGCUCCGUGAGGGAGCGCCGCCCCCGCCCGCCAUGGCCGCCCGGAGAGUUUGGAGCAUGUGAAGAGCUGCCAGAGGAAUCACUCAUAUUUUAAUUUCUGCUUCAUCAGAUGCUCCUGCCCUGCCCUGUGCCUCCAGGAGUGUGACCCCCCCAGUGCUGGGGCACCCCACAGCUGAGAUGGUGGCCUUUAACUGGAAGGCUCUGGAGAACUUCCCACUGCUGAUGUACAUUUUGGCAGCUAAAACACUGAUCCUUUGCUUGGCCUUUGCUGGAGUCAAAAUGUACCAGAGCAAGAAAAUUGAGGAGAAACUGAAGAGGGAACGUGAAGAGAAACUGAAAGCAGAUGCAGAGAAGAAGGAUGAGUGAAGAGUGCCUCAGAUUCCUGACACUUGGAUUCCCUUCCCAGGAGGAUGAAGCCUUCCUGGAAAAGAAGGAUGGGUAACCUCAGAGUGGCACCUAAAUUAUUUCUGUUUUUAUAUGUACAGCAAAGCAGCUGAGACUCUAUUUAUGUAAUAAAAAAUAAAAAAAAAAAAAGUCUUUGUUUAAAAAAUAAACUUGGGUGCUGCUUCCUCAAAGGACUGGAGCUGCAGGGGAGGCACUUGGGAAGUACCAGCUCCAAGGAGGUGGGAUGGAAGAGGAAAACACUCUGAAGGGAAAAAUUGAGGAGAAAAAUGCUCUGGAUCCAUCCUGGGAGGCUCCAAAGCCCGUGGAGAGGCAGAAGGAAGUGGAGAGGGCUCAGUGCAGCUUUUGCAGCUUCUUGCUGCAAGGUCAGGCUGUGGGAUCAGGUGGACAGUCCCAGGAGAGCAGCUUUUCCUGGCACUUGGUGCAUCCAGGACUUCCUUGGGUCCAUGGGAAUCACAGAAGGAGUUUCAUGGCAGGAGGUUCAUCCUGAGAAAUCUCUUUGGUUCCCUGUUCUCUGCUCAGCCUGGGGGGCAGCUGUUCCCUGCCUGUGCAGUGGCACCAAAUCCUGGAGAACUUGGGCAUGGAAUCCUGGAAUGGUUUGGGUCUAA